AUGGGUGCAACAAUUCGCUUAAUUCUAAAUCUUAUUUUACUAAUUUCAAUCGUUUAUGGCUCCUACUUCAAUGAGUACUCCGAUCGGUUUGCCAGAAAAUUGGUAAUCGCGGCGGCAGGAGCACGAGCGGAUGACCCGAUGCAAUGUUUGAACCAGGCGUUUCCUCAGGAUUUCUAUCGUUUGAUAUCUCGUGAUGAAACCAUUUGUGACGCAAAACAGAACACUUGUGCCUGUUACACGGCUGUCAGCACACACACUCAAACGAUCAUUGUCGCUUUCCGGGGAACCUCGACACAAAGCCAGAUGAAAACCGAGAUGAGCGAAUCAUUGAAACCGAGUAUUGAUUGGUAUGGAUAUGGGCUCAUCGACAAGUACUUCUACGAUGCCAUUGAUAAAAUGUGGCCGUACAUUCAGCCCGCACUGAAUGAGACCUCAUCGUCUCAUUUUGAAGUGAUUUUCACUGGUUAUUCUCUGGGUGGAGCACUGGCUACUCUUGCCGCAAUGAAGACACAUGCAAUGAAUUUACGAGCCAGUGCUAAGAUCAAACUGCUCACUUUUGGAGAGCCUCGAGUCGGUAACUCAAUCUUCGCUACCAAUGUCGAUCGAGUGAUCAAUGAUGGAUAUCGAGUCGUUCAUAAAGCUGAUAUUGUGCCUCAUUUACCCCCGUGCAAAGAUGCGAAAACGGAUAGACGAGCCUGUGAUCGCGGGGAUUUACGCAGAAUGUAUCAUCACGGAACAGAAGUCUGGUAUAACAAUGACAUGGGAGAGAACGCGGACUAUCAUUUAUGCACUAAAGAUGAUGAAGACCCGGAAUGCUCUGAUGGAUUGAAAAAUACGAAGCCAAGGAUCAUCUCAACUAUUUUGGAUGGGAUGUGGGAGCCUCAACAAGCAAGGCAAAGGAAUUGUGGUGUCGAUCGCGUUGUUAACGUUACUGAUGAUUUAAAGAAAAUAAGUUCCACGUUUCAAGAAGAAAUGGAAAGCGAUGAAUGCUCGGUCAUUUUUGUGGCUCCGCCAAAAAAGGCUAUUCAAUUUGGGUCGAGCGAUUUUGGUCGACUUCUUACUAUUCCAUUGAUUGCAAAUGGAUUU